CGGGCGUUGCCGGCGCCUUGUGACUCCGGGCUGUGGGCGCGCUCGCGGCUCUCCGGCCAUGGUUUUCUCAAAUAAUGAUGAAGGCCUUAUUAACAAAAAGUUACCAAAAGAACUUCUCUUAAGAAUGCUGUUCAGCUUGUUGUUAAAUUUUACUUGGUCUAAUCCAGAAUGUACUAAGUAUGUACAUAGCAUUGGUCUGGAUUCUUUUUGUAAUGUGGCUUGGAACAUCUUAGCCCUGGAUGGAAGCAACUGGCAAAGAAUAGACCUUUUUAACUUUCAAACAGAUGUAGAGGGUCGAGUAGUGGAGAAUAUAUCCAAGCGGUGCGGUGGCUUCCUGAGGAAGCUCAGCUUACGAGGCUGCAUUGGUGUUGGGGAUUCCUCCUUAAAGACCUUUGCACAGAACUGUCGAAACAUCGAACAUUUAAACCUCAAUGGAUGCACAAAAAUCACUGACAGCACGUGCUAUAGCCUUAGCAGAUUCUGUUCCAAGCUGAAACAUCUGGAUCUGACCUCCUGUGUGUCCAUUACAAACAGCUCCUUAAAGGGCAUCAGUGAGGGCUGCCGAAACCUGGAGUACCUGAACCUUUCUUGGUGUGAUCAGAUCACGAAGGAUGGCAUUGAGGCCCUGGUGCGCGGUUGUCGCGGCCUGAAAGCCCUGCUCCUGCGGGGCUGCACACAGUUAGAAGAUGAAGCUCUGAAACACAUUCAGAAUUACUGCCAUGAGCUUGUGAGCCUCAACUUACAGUCCUGUUCACGCAUUACAGAUGAAGGUGUGGUGCAGAUAUGCAGAGGCUGCCACCAGCUGCAGGCUGUCUGCCUUUCUGGCUGCAGCAAUCUCACAGAUGCCUCUCUCACAGCCCUGGCUUUGAACUGCCCGAGACUGCAGAUUUUGGAGGCUGCUCGAUGUUCCCAUUUGACUGACGCAGGCUUUAUACUUUUAGCUCGGAAUUGCCAUGAUCUGGAGAAGAUGGAUCUCGAAGAAUGCAUCCUGAUAACCGACAGCACACUCAUCCAGCUCUCCAUUCACUGUCCUAAGCUGCAAGCCCUGAGUCUGUCCCACUGUGAGCUCAUCACAGAUGAUGGGAUCCUGCACCUGAGCAAUAGCACCUGUGGCCACGAGAGACUGCGGGUACUAGAGUUGGACAACUGCCUCCUCAUCACUGACGUGGCUCUGGAACACCUAGAGAACUGCCGUGGCCUGGAGCGCCUCGAGUUGUAUGACUGCCAACAGGUCACCCGUGCAGGCAUCAAGCGCAUGCGGGCUCAGCUCCCCCAUGUCAAAGUCCAUGCCUACUUUGCUCCUGUCACCCCGCCUACAGCCGUGGGAGGAAGUGGACAGCGACUCUGCAGGUGCUGUGUCAUCCUCUGACAGCCAUUGCCUGGUCUCAAGGCAAGAGGAGAUCCCUUCUGCCAGAGAAGACCCGAGUCUUGCUGACCUACUCCACCGUCACCCAACUGUUUCUCCAUUGAGAAAGGCAUUUACAGGUAAAAGACUUCUGUAGGGAUUACAAUUACUCUGGUGAUAGUUUUCACCUUUAAUCUGCUGCGGUGCAAUCAAAUCAAAGCCUUGUUUCAGUUCACACUUGGCAAGAGUGGUCUCAGUGUAGCCAGGAUCAUGUAAGAAGCCUGGAUUUCUUAAGAUGUGGGUGCCUGCCUAGAUACAAAAUUCCUGCCCUCGGCUUUAUCAGCAUUCCUCAAACACAUCAGUGUUAGCACAAGUUGAGCAGAAAAAAAAAAAAAAAAAACAAGCUGUUAAUUUUCUACCUGAUACUUAAGCCAGUGGCCUACUGUCAUUCACAUGAUCCCAUUUUGUUUAUCAGGACUUUUCCACUUCAGCAACGUUAUCGAAGUGAACUGUACUACAAAUUCAGUGUCUUGAUAGUUUUAUAAGUAGAGACUUAUGUGGAAGGCAAGUUAAUAGGUUUCCACGAGACACCAAAGAAAUGAGGACUCUAAGCUGGGUAGAGCAAGGUCUUCACCUUUCUGUCAACUUGUCAUAUACACUUCCGGGACCAAAAACACCUCAGAGUUUGUUGCCUGAGUGGAAAUUCUAAGCUCUGGUGGAUGUUACAGCAUGUUUUUGUUACAGGAGAAAAGCUAAUCUUGUCAUCUGUCACAAAACUUGGGGGAUCUUACAGAAAGAGAACUGAUUAAGGCUGAAGUUACCUAUAAUAUUAAAAAAAUAAUGAAUGGAUGCAUGCAGAAUGGGUGUGAUUUUUUUCCCCAAGUUUAUUUUUAAAUCUUAGAAAUCAAGUUACACCCAAACUAUUGAAAAUCUUUACACUUAAAACUCAGUAAAGUGUUGGCACUCAUAAAAAUGAAUAAGCCAUUGCAAUG